AUGCCACUAUGUGAGUAUAAAACUUAUGUAGCGAAGAAAAGAUGGAAAACACGUUCGUCUUUCUUUAAUUCACACAAAUUCAGAUUAUGCUCUCUCUCUCUCUCUCUCUCUCUCUCUCUCUCUCUCUAUCUAUCUAUCUAUCUAUCUAUCUAUCUAUCUAUCUAUCUCACACACACACACUCUUUCUCUAAAUUAUUUUACUUACACUUCGGAUUUAUUCUUCCCUUUCACAAUUAUUAUUCUCUCUUUCUAUCUAUCUAUCUAUCUAUCUAUCUAUCUAUCUAUCUAUCUGAUAAUAAUAUAUAUCUAUUUAUCUAUCUAAUCAUUAUCUAUCUAUUUAUCUAUCUUAUUUGUUGUUCACUCUCUUCAUAUCUAUCUACCUGUUCAUAUCUAUCUAUCUAUCUAUCUAUCAAAUCUAUCUAUCUAUCUAUCUAUCUAUCUAUCUAUCUAUCUAUCUAUCAGUCUGUUCAUAUCUAUCAAUCUAUCUAUCUAUCUGUUCAUAUCUAUCUAAUUAUCAGUCUGUUCAUAUCUAUGUAUCUAUUAACUAUGUUUGUUCAUAUCUAUCUAUCUAUCUAUCUAUCUAUCUAUCUAUCUAUUAUCUAUCUAUCAUCUAUUGGAUAUGUAUUAGACUAUGUUUGUUCAUUUCUUUCUAUCUCUCUAUCUAUGUUUAUCUGUUCGGCAUGUAAAAAGCUGUUAAUAUCUAUUAGUCUGUAUUUUGUGUUUGUUAUUAUCUAUCUAUUUUAUGACUGUUCUCAUCUUUCCUAUUUUUUUUAUCUAUUAGUCUGUCAAUCUAGUUCUUAUUUUCCCAUUUGUUCAUAUCUAUUUUAUCCUUCAUUUUAUUUUGUAUCUAUUAGUCUGUCCAUUCAUUUUAUUUUCAGUUUUUCAUAUUUUAUCUAUCUUCAUUUGAUCUAUUUACCCAUCUAUCUGGAUAUGUGUUUUUUCUUCCUUUCUUUUCCCUUCAUUUUUAUUUUUUGCACUUUUCGACUAGACGUUUUAUAUUAUUAUCAUUUUGUCAUUUUCAUUUUGCCAUUUUCUUUUACCCUUCAUUUGAUCUUUUCCCCUUCUUUUUCUUCUUUUCCCCUUCAUUUUAUCUUGCGCUCCUACUCUAUUUUAUCUUUGCAUUUUCAUUUUCUUUUAUUUUCCCUUUCAUUUGAUCUUUUCCCCUUCACCUUAUCUUCUUUACUCCUUCAUUUUAUUUUAUCUUCUUUUAUCCUUCAUUUUCUCUUCUUUUCCCCUUCAUUUUACCUUCUGUGCCCCUUCAUUUUACCUUCUUUUCCCCCGCUUCAUUUUCUCUUCUUUUCGCCUUCAUUUUACCUUCUUUUCCCCUUCAUUUUACCUUCAUUUUUACCCAUUCAUUUUAUCUUCUUUUCCCCUUCAUUUUUUAUUUCCCCUUCAUUUUACUUCUUUUCCCCUUCAUUUUCCUUCUUUUCCUCUUCAUUUUUCUUUUUAGAUUUCAUUUUACCUUCUUUACCCAUUCAUUUUCUCUUCUUUUCCCCUAGACUUUAUCUUCUUUACUCCUUCAUUUCAUCUUCUUUUCCCCUAGAUUUUAUUUUCUUUUAUCCUUCAUUUUCACUUCUUUUCCCCUUCAUUUUCACUUCUUUUCCCCUUCAUUUUACCUUCUUUUCCCCUUCAUUUUACCUUCUUUUCCCUUCAUUUUACCUUCUUUUCCCCUUCAUUUUACCUUCUUUUCCCCUUCAUUUUCUUUUCCCUUCAUUUUACCUUCUUUUCUCUUUCAUUUUACCUUGUUUACUCCUUUAUUUGAUCUUUUUCCCUACAUUUUAUCUUCUUUUAUCCUUCAUUUUAUCUUCUGUUCCCCUUCCUUUUCUCUUCUUUUCCCCUUCAUUUUAUUCUUCAUUUUAUCUACUUUUCUCUGUUUCCCUUCAUUUGAUCUUGGGCUUCUCCUCUAUUUUAUCUUUUCCCCCGCUUCAUUUUAUCUUCUUUUCUUCCCCUUCAUUUUAUCUUCUUUUCUUCCGCUUCAUUCUGAUCUUUCUCCAUUUUAUCUUCUUUUGCCCUUUAUGUUGUUUUCCCCUUCAUUUUAUCUUCUGUUUUCCCUUCAUUUUAUCUUUUCCUCUUCGUUUUAUUUCUUUUCCUCUCCAUUUUAUCUUCUUUUCUCUGUUUCCCUUCAUUUUAUUCUACGUUCCUCUUUAUCUUAUCUUUACCAUUUCAUUUUAUCUUAUUCCCCCGCUUCAUUUUAUCUUUUCUCUCCUUUCACUUAGCCAUGUUCGUCAAUAA